CUGAAACCACUUUAAUUCAUGAUAUAAAACAAUGAAAUUUAUUUAAAAUGGCUUUUCCAAAAGUCGAGGGAUAUGUAGUGACUGAAAAACUUGGCUCUGGAAGCUAUUCCACGGUGUACAAAGCUUAUACAAAGGUCGGCGGCCGCGCCAUAGUUGCAGUAAAAUGCGUGGAGAAGUCGCGAGUGCGCGGCGCCGCGGCCGACAACCUCAUCACGGAGAUAAGGCUGCUGAAGACCUUGGCGCAUCCACACAUUGUGGCUAUGAGGGAGUUCUCAUGGGAUGAUAAAAACAUAUACAUCAUCAUGGAAUAUUGCUGCGGUGGUGACCUGUCUAAGUAUAUUCGGAGAUACGGCCGCGUUCCAGAGAAACAGGUCCUGUACUUCUUGCAGCAACUGGCUUCGGCGCUUAAGUUUUUAAGAGAAAAAGGUGUCGUCCACAUGGAUUUGAAGCCGCACAACCUAUUGCUACACAAAGGCUCGGAUGGCAAAUACAUACUCAAAGUGGCAGAUUUUGGAUUCGCCCAGUUUCUAUCGGACGAGAGUCGUCAAAAGAUGGUGCGCGGGUCUCCCCUGUACAUGGCACCUGAAAUGUUGCAUGGCGAUUACACCGCUAGCGUCGAUCUGUGGAGUGUAGGUGUGAUAAUGUACGAAUGUUUAUUCGGCGCGGCGCCCUACUCGUCAGCUACGCUGCAAGAACUUAUCAAUAAGAUACAGAGCCGGGCACCCAUACAGUUACCCCACGGAGCCGGUAUAUCAUCAGGUUGCAAGGACCUCCUCACCAGGCUUCUAAAACAUGACCCUGAGGAACGGAUCACGUAUGAGGAGUUCUUCCAGCACCCCUAUUUGGACCUAGAGCAUAUGCCGAGCAAGGAAAAUUACGAUAAGGCUGUGGCGUUGAUAAAGCAGGCAGUGUCCUUAGACGCAGCGGGACGGUUAGAGGAAGCGUUUACCGCGUACUGCUCAAGCUUACGAUAUUUAGUGCCUGUCGUCCAUUGCGAGAGCGAUGCUAUGCGGCGGCAGGCGUUAAGGGCAAAACUUACAAGUUACAUGGACCGCGCGGAGCAACUCAAAGUUGUACUCCGCGGGGGGGCGCCCCCCGCCCCCGUGAGGGACGCCCCGCGCGCGCACUCCACAGUAAAUUCGGGUCAUAUAGAAGAACCUCAAAUACCGAUUGAUGGAGUGUGUACUGAGAGCGAGGAAGCCAACGAUAAGGUAUCGUAA